AUGGCACCGUCCCAUAACGGCUCUGCGCUCGCGGGGAACCUCACCAACCAGUUCGUGCAGCCUCCGUGGCGCGUGGCGUUGUGGUCACUCGCCUACAGCUCGAUCCUGGCCGUGGCCGUGUUCGGCAACCUGGUGGUCAUGUGGAUCAUCCUGGCGCACAAGCGGAUGCGCACAGUCACCAACUACUUCUUGCUGAACCUGGCCUUCUCGGACGCGUCCAUGGCCGCCUUCAACACGCUGGUCAACUUCGUGUACGCCACGCACGGGGACUGGUACUUCGGAGAGGCGUACUGCAAGUUCCACAACUUCUUCCCAGUCACCGCUGUGUUCGCCAGCAUCUACUCCAUGACCGCCAUAGCGGUGGACAGGUACAUGGCCAUAAUUCAUCCGCUGAAGCCUCAUCUGUCGGCCACUGCUACUAAAGUGGUGAUCGUAUGUAUCUGGGUGCUGGCUGUGGUGCUGGCCUUUCCCCUCUGCUUCUUCUCCACCAUUAGAAAAUUACCCAAGAGGACUCUUUGCUACGUGGCCUGGCCUAGACCCGGGGAGGACCCCUUCAUGUACCAUAUCAUAGUGACUGCAUUGGUGUACAUGCUGCCCCUAGUGGUGAUGGGCAUUACCUACACUAUAGUAGGGGUGACGCUGUGGGGAGGGGAGAUCCCUGGAGACUCGUCAGACAACUACCACGGCCAGUUACGUGCCAAGAGGAAGGUGGUGAAGAUGAUGAUCAUUGUGGUCGUGACCUUUGCCAUCUGCUGGUUGCCGUACCACGUGUACUUCCUGAUCACGGGCCUCAACAAGCAGCUGGUGAAGAAGAAGUCCAUCCAGCAGGUCUAUCUCUCAGUCAUGUGGCUUGCCAUGAGCUCCACCAUGUACAACCCCAUCAUCUACUGCUGCCUCAACAGCAGGUUUCGGGCCGGCUUCAAGCGGGCUUUCCGCUGGUGCCCCUUCGUGCGCUUGUCCAGCUAUGAUGAGCUGGAGCUAAGGGCUACACGCCUGCAGGUGGCCCGGCAAAGCAGCAUGUACACGUUGUCCCGCAUGGAAACCACUGUAGUAGCCGUGUGUGACUCCAGCGAGCCAUCUACCAACCCGGCCCGAAAAAGCCUAAUCAACCACCACCAUAAUGGCUGCUCUCAUUCCACCAAAAGCAGAGCGGCCACCUACACACCCAGCGACCCUCAGGAGGAGUUCUGCUGA